UCCCGUCAGAAUCACCCCUCUCGCGAUAACAACUCACAUUCACGCCGUCCGUCCAACGAUAGUAGAAGGAACAGAAGGGAUUGGUUUGAGGGGAAGAUGUCUCAGAAAGCAACAGCUAGGACCUCAUCACUCAUGGCCCUCCAUUCAGAUUCACAUAAGCAGAGCAUCCUGAGCAAAUUCGACAAGCUCAGGAAAAGAGACCUACUGUGCGACAUCACUCUUGUUGUGGAAGACGUGCACUUCAAGGCGCACAAAGCCCUGCUGGCAGCAAGCAGCGAGUACUUCUCCCUCAUGUUCAUGGCAGAAGAUCAGAUCAGUCAGUCGACCUACCGGCUGGAUGGUAUGGCAGCUGCGAUGUUUGCAGAAGUGCUGGAGUUCAUCUACAGCGCCCAGGUGUCUGUAGAGGAGAGUGCCACUGAGCAGCUUCUGGCCACGGCUCAUGUUAUGGAGGUAAACGAUCUUGUCAAGGUGCUCGAUGAACUCACACACUCUGCUGCAGUGGUUAGAGGCCAGGAGGUAAAGGCUGACAUAACCCAGGUGCCAGAUCAGCCGAAACGCAAAAGAGGACGACCCAAGAAAAAAGAACUUGUAACGGAGUUGGAGGGGACAAGUGCACCAUGCGAUAGCUCAGAGGGGGGGCUGGUUGGAGAUACGGGCUGUGAUGAUACAGUAACUGAGUCACAAGCUAAAGACAAUGCAGAUUACAAACCAGAAGCCCACCAGAGCCGGCAGAGCAAACGCAAAAUCAGGCCACCGGUGAAGUACAAGAGCUACAAGGUGGUCAGCGACACAGCAGUAAGCAAAGAGCCUGGGAAGAAAGGCAGGAAAAAGAAAUACCCCAACACUGAGGCCCGCUGUGAGGACUGUGGCAAAGUGUUCAAAAAUCACCUCUUUUUAAAGAUUCACCUGAGGACUCAUACAGGAGAGAAGCCUUUUCAGUGCCUGGUUUGUGGAAAGGGCUUUACCCAGAAGCAUACUUUGCUGGUUCACCAGCGCAUGCACACUGGAGAAAAGCCUUUUGUCUGCACCGUCUGCUCCAAAGCGCUCUCCACCAAACACUCCCUACAAGAGCACAUGAACCUCCAUAAAGAAGACAAAUCCUUCAGCUGUGAUAAAUGUGGAAAGACGUUCACUCAGAAGAGGCAACUUCAAAGCCAUUACAGAGUUCAUACAGGCAAAUCAUUACCAGAAUGUGCUAAGUGUCAUCACAAGUUUAUGGACACAGCUCAGCUGAAAAAGCACCUGAGAACUCACACAGGUGAGAAGCCUUUUACUUGUGAGAUUUGUGGAAAGUGUUUUUCAGCCAAAAGCACUCUGCAGACUCAUAUCAGAAUUCACAGAGGGGAGAAGCCAUAUGAUUGCAGCAUCUGCCACAAAUCCUUCUCGGACCCUAGCGCGAGACGGCGACAUGUCUCCUCUCACUCAGGGAAGAAACCCUUCACGUGCUCCUCCUGUGGCCUGUCGUUUACACGCCUGGACAAUCUGAACACGCACACCAAAUCUCACAACAAAGAGAGAGCUGCGACAACAAAAGCCACGUCAGAUGCUCCCCACGCCGCAGAGCCACCGCAGGAGGAGGUCCACGACAUCCUGCCGCUGCAGCCGUACCAGCUGCCCUCCACCUCUGAACAGGAGAUCCAGCUGGUGGUGACUGGAGACGUGGACAACAUUAACUUUGGGCCGGGGCAGAACCAGGAGAUCAGCAUCAUCACCACCGAGGGGGAGGCGGCAGAAUCGUCCCACUCCAGACUCACCCUCCUCACCCAGUCGCCAGGAAACGUGCAGAACGUGGCUCUGGUGGCUCAGAGUGGCGUGGCGGACCAGAGCCCUCAGAUUCAGACUAUCGGUUUGCUGCAGGGCCAGAUGAGCCACCAGCCGGAGCAGAUGCACGUCCUCACGCUCAGUAAAGAGGCAAUGGAGCAGCUACAGGCUCAGCACGGUGCCCCGCACACCCUUCAGAUAGCACAACGGGCGGUCCAGCAGCUGCAGGUGAUGCACCAGCCCAUCCAGCAGCUCGCUGUGGGACAGGUGGGCAGGGAGCACACACACAGCCAGGCCAUUCACAUCAGCAGCCAGAGCAGCCAGCCCAUCUCCAUCAGCCAGACCAGCGAGCAGAUCUCCAGCCACCACAUCCAGGGACAGACGUUCCAGAUCCAGGCAGGGACCGUCUCCUACCUGUACACCACCGGGCUGCCGCAGGAGAGCUGAGGGGGGGCCGGAGGACUGAAGCUGCCAAAUCCACGCCGAUAAUGCUGCUAUGGUAAACAUUAAUAGCUAACUAAAUUAUUAGAAUCAAGUUUUUCCUUGAAACUUAUAUAUGAAAAAUGUUCUGUCAACCUUUUCCCAAAACAUACCCUAAUUAGUUUUUCUUUAAAGGGGCUGUACUUGGCAUACCAAGAAACACAGUGGGUUGGGAUUGUUUAAUACAGCUCACACUGACCAUUCCCCAAUACGACAAAUACCUACGUUUUUUCACGGCCACAUGCAAGGCAAGUAAAUGUUAACUGUAAUUGAUUUUACAAUCUCAUGCAGGUUUCAGGUGUAAGUUAGUUGAUUUUUACAUGGAACUGGACAUGAUGCCAAUGGUUGAGAAAUGCAUUAAUUAAUCUAAAGACCAAUAAUAGGCUUUAGGAAAUGGUUAGCAAUAAAACUAAAUGUCAAUAUUUGAUAAAAUUCAUGGACUAACACAAUACAGUGUUUAUUAAGACAUUUCAUUUUCAAUUGACAAAUUAUUGUAUCAUUACUCCAUUUUACAUAAGACUGAAAUAUGGGCAAAAACAGCAUAAUGGUGCUGCACUGUGUUAAAAUGCCUUGUUGAAUGACAAAUCAGCCAAACCCUGGCAGAGGGUUAUGUCUUAGCUUUGAAAAUAACUUGGUUCACAAACAUGCUGCAUAGGCACUUUGCAUGUCAAACAGCAGCUAACAUGUUAAACAAGUUGGUGUUGCUUUACAAAACACCCAAGGGAGAAUGUCACAGGUCUGGUAACAGCCUCUCAGCAGUUUGGACAUGCAGGUGAGACGGAUCCUGAAAGAACAACAAAGGCUGAUUAGAAUGUAUUUAUCCAAAGACAGUGCAACAGCACUGACUGUAUGACCUGAUGAAAUGUGUAUUAUGUCUCAUGUGUUACAAAACAGUCUUAGAAAUGACUUUUAGUCUCUCCUGAUUUAAUUAAGUAUGUCUGCCCUUGCUCUAGUGUUAAAACAAAGCAUUUUUUUCACUGUGAGAGACCUUUUGUUCAGAGCCCAGGUCGGCUCCAACAGGAACUCACACCUUAAAUGGAACACGCCGACUUAUUGGGACUUUAGCUUAUUCACCGUAUCCCCCAGAGUUAGACGAAAGUCCAUACUGCUCCCAAUAAGUGACAAAAUAACGGCAACAUUUUCUUCUUAUUCACAUAUUGUGAUUUAUAUAGUCACAAAUAACAAGGGGGGCUUCUCAGGUGCUGCGAGCAAAUCACUCUGCCCAAGUAGCAGUGCUUC